AGCGAAUCGAACUAUCUCUGAUGUCACUAUUCGAGCAUGUGCCAUAAGACGUGCUAAAUUUUGCCCGCCUCACAGAGCAAUAUUCAAGCUCCAAUAUAAUAAUUAAUUCUCUUCAACGAAGGAAAAAAUGUCACAAUCAUCGAAACCGCUUCCCGCGAAUCUUCAAGAACAUCUCGACCGCGCAUACACCCUGGACGGAACCCCGGACGCCAACAACUCGUUCUACAACCAAUGGGCUGACUCCUACGAUGAGGACUUUGCAUCCGUCUACGCCUCCCCUCGACGGGCUGUCGAGACUGUCAUUGCCAACCUCCCUGCCGACCCACCUAGCCAACUGAAAAUCCUCGAUGCCGGCUGUGGAACAGGUCUUGUCGGCACCUGCCUAGCAGCAUCACCAUCUCUGCGCAACAAAUUCUUACUUGACGGCAUAGACCUCAGCCCAGGUAUGCUAGCCGCAGCAGCUCGCAAGACAGGCAUCUAUCAAGACCUAGCAAUCGCAGAUCUAAAUGCGAGGAUUCCAAAGCCGGACGAGAGCUACGAUGUUGUGCUUUGCGUGGGCACGCUUACGAAGGCGCAUGUUGGACCGGGGGUUUUGGCAGAGUUUGUGAGGUUGGCUGUCAAGGGUGGAUUGGUUGUUGUGACGGUGCAUGGGGAGGUGUUUGAGAGUGGGGGGUAUAGGGCUGAGGUUGAGAGGUUGAGGGCGGAAGGGGUGGUACAGGUUGUGAGUUUGGAUGAUUUUGGAAUACUUAAUUGGGCGGAGGAGGGGGGAAGGAUGGUUGUGUUGAGGAGGGUUUAGGGUGGGUGUUGUUGGUACUGUGAUUCAGUGGUAGUGUUGCUGGGCUUGUGGAAUGUACUUGAGCUCUGCAUAUAUGUUAUCAUCUUGUCAGAACGGAAAUACGUGCAUGUCUUACAUGGAGCAUUUAAUUAUAACAGAAGCAAGUCCAUCAC